CUAGUCUAAGCUAGGCCGGGUUGCGGGUGUGCCCGCGGGGUGAGGGGAGGCGGUGCCGGGACGGCCCCGCGACCGUGGACCGAGCCAAACGGAACCGAGCCGAACGUGGGUCGUGCGGCGCAGCCGGAAGGAGCGGGGCGGGGACGGAGCGGGGCGCAGCCGCGGGGUUGCGUGUCGGCGCCGGUGGAGCGGAGCGCCCGCACCUCAGGCUCGGCGGCAGCGGACCAUAAGAUUCAGAUAUGUCCUUCAUAUUUGAUUGGAUUUACAGUGGUUUCAGUAGCGUAUUACAGUUUUUAGGACUGUACAAGAAAUCAGGAAAACUAGUGUUUCUUGGACUGGACAAUGCUGGAAAAACCACGCUGCUGCAUAUGCUCAAAGAUGACAGACUGGGGCAACACGUCCCCACGUUACACCCCACUUCAGAAGAGCUGACAAUUGCUGGCAUGACUUUCACUACCUUCGAUCUGGGUGGACAUGCUCAAGCUCGCAGAGUGUGGAAAAACUAUCUGCCUGCAAUUAAUGGCAUUGUGUUCUUGGUGGACUGUGCAGAUCAUGAAAGAUUGCUUGAAUCAAAAGAAGAACUUGAUUCACUAAUGACAGAUGAAACUAUUGCUAAUGUGCCUAUCCUAAUUCUUGGUAACAAGAUUGACAGACCUGAAGCCAUUAGUGAAGAGAGGUUACGAGAGAUGUUUGGCCUGUAUGGUCAGACAACAGGAAAGGGCAGUAUACCAUUGAAAGAACUGAACGCAAGGCCUCUAGAAGUGUUUAUGUGCAGCGUGCUAAAGAGACAAGGCUAUGGAGAAGGCUUCCGUUGGAUGGCACAGUACAUUGAUUAAUGCCAAAAUUGCAUCAGUACAUUCUGUCCCGUGUCUGAAUAUUAAGUCUGCUCCUUAUUUGAUCACUCAGUGUACGUAACUUGAAUUCAUUUGACUGUUUAGUUAUAAAAAUAUACAUUUUUAGCUAAUUAUAUCACGUAUGGUAAAUUGUGUGAGGAUUGAAAAAUUAUUUCAAGCAAGUUUAUAAGUUUAAGUACCACAACCUGUGAGCUUUCUAAUUCCAUGCAACAUUCUUCUGCAGCUUUUAAUUUAACAAGUCUCCGGUACCAUUUUUGGUCAGAGCAACUUUCCAGUACAGUAUGUUUGAAUGCACUUUUUAACAGCUACAAACAUGUGAAAAAUAUUUAAUGCUUAUGUUAAAUUUUUUUAUGUACUUUUUUGAAACUGGUUUUAUAACUUUAGAGUAUAUAACCAUCUUUCAAGGAAUAAUAAAUAAUUAGUUGAUGGAUAAUUGCAUGAUGCCUUACGGUUUUCAAUAAUAUACUUUCUUAUGCAACGUCAUGCAAUAAAUUUAAAUCCAGUUUUUGGCAACUUUAAUGGAAGAUGUUUCAUUUUAAUGUGUCUUAAUUAGUGAGGCUGCCUGAUGAUCUGAAUAUGUGGGAUAUUCUCCUGAAACACAGAAGGCCACAAAGAAGUUUCAUUGUAUGUUAAAGUGUUUUUUUCAGACUACCAAACUGCAUUUAUUUUAGGAUUUUGCAGUAGUGAAAGAAAAAUCUAGUCCAAUGCCCUUAUAACCACCACCUUUAAAAAGUACAAAUAAUGUAAAUCAGCUGUGCCAUUGUGGGUCUUGAACAAAAGUGGUCUUGCUCUACUGGUCUCUCGAAUUAAACCCCUGAAGUGACACUAGAAAUACAGGGGGUUUUUUCUGAAGAAAUCAAUAACACCACCGCACUAAAUAUUCUAUUCCUAAUUUAAUUAGAUUUGGGGUCUGCCAGAAGAUUUGCCUGUGCAACUGCCAGGGGAAAAAAAACAGUUGCCAUCGCUGCUUGUGAAACUUUAUCAGCCCACACCCAGUCAGCCAAUUUUAUUUUUGGUGGUUUGAACUGGGACAAGAGGGAUUGUUUUCUGUGUUUUUUGCCCUGAAACCUAGCCAGCGUGGCAGCUGCUGGCUGCCCAGGCGGCUUAUUUGUGGGGUAAAACUUGGUUAUCUGCAGUCCUUUUUCCCAGACUUCUGUUUUUCCCCAUCUUUGGGCACAUUAGUUCCCUGAGGAGAAAGCAGGUUAUUUUUGAUGGGAUGUUGAAGCACGUGUGUCUUGUCAGUGUCUUGUUGAUGCUGGCUGAGACUGCCACAGAGCUGUGGUUGGUGUUUCCAUGUGCUGAGUGUGUUUUACUCUAAUCUGUCAAACGCAGGUAGGGUUUCAGCCCAGGAGUCACCAUUUCACCCUGAUAAGUUUGAGUUUUGCUGCGUAGUUUGUUUCCCCCUUGUAAGAGUACGAACUGCUGCAAGUGCUUUGCUGAAUCCCUUUUACUCACCAUUGAGGGUCUUCAAAAUACUUUAGGCCUUAUGUUUCCAGUAUCCAUGGCAGCAAAUGUAUUUCUGACUGGUUUGAUUUCAGAAGUAAUGUUGUCUCUUGACCUGCUGGGCUUGAAUCUCAGAUUUAAAGCCUAUAGCAUCAUAGCAAAUAAAUGAGACUUAUUCCUUGCCCAGAUCUGAACUUGUAUGAUCGAGUAUUGAUGAUCAGUUCCCCACAGUCCUAGAUUGUUCGUCUGAGUAAGAUGAAUAAUUCAGAACCUAACUAAUGUAAAUGGUAACUGAGUUUAUUACUGCACGAUUAUAUGCAAAGUUUUAAGCCUAGUUUGUGCGUGGUGAAGUUCAGAGUGACAGUAUCAGAUAGCUUUUCCAAAUGUCCAACAUAAGAGAAUUCUGCAUUUAAACUAGCGCUCAGCUGUCGAGUCCAGUCUCUGUUGCAUAAAUCAAGCCAGAGGUAAGAAACAGCCUCUCACCAGCGUGUGGACAAUAUGUGAGUCUUUACUACCUACAGCUGUUAUGUAGGGGACAUGCCUGGGGUUUUUUGACUCUAGACUUUUCUGACGAUGGUUAUAAUGCAGAGAACAACAGCGAAACCAGACGGUGUAAAUAUUAAAAAUACUACUGCCGUCACACUGUGAUGUUGAUGUGGGAGACUUGGGACUGUGGUGUCUGUGCUUAUGGAAAUGAAGCUGGAGCUGGAGGUGUUCUGCUGCAGACCGCUUCCACGGGCUGAGCCAUGGUGUGGGCACAAAGAGGUCCCCUUCACCUGCUCUUCCAACCAACUGUGAAUAACAUUAGCAGUAAGGAAAGGGACGAUAGUAUUAAGAAUUAAAAAAGAAGGGAGGUGGUACUGCUUUAGACGUGUGUGUUAAGAGUAAUUCUUAGAAUUAUGGAAAUACUCAGAUUUCAUGUUUCCUACUGUAGGUGGCUAGUUUAAAUGUGGUUGUAAUAAGGGCAUGAAGAAAUCUGGACCUUGCAUUUUAUCCACCUGGGUACUAUAAUGGUUCCCAUUGUGGGAAUAGCUGAUAAACACUCGGUUAAAUACACAAAUAAUCUUGCUCUGUUUCGUUUCAUUCACUAGAAGAAGUAUCUUUCUUCUGUAGUUUACGUUCUGUUGUGCACAUGAAUGUGAAUGGGUGUUGUGCGUCUUUGUGUGAAGACUUCAUUAAUAGACAAAUAUACUGAUGAUUGUUUUUUCUGGUGGUUUUCAUCCCCACCCCCCUCCACAUCCCCCUGGUCAUUUAUUUCCGGAGGUUGCUUACUCCUGUGGUUGUGACCAGUCUUAAAGAAAGCCACAUUCACGUUUGGGUCCGACUUCUAUGGUUGGGUUUUAUUUUUGCACUCUUGACUAUGCAGAUUUCAAUUAAACAUCACUUUAAAGAAUGUGAAAAAGAAAACUCAUUAAUAAAGAUGUUAUUUAUGAAGUGUCUCA